GCCACGGGAAGCCGCCGACGGCGCGGGCUGCCGGUCCCAGCGCGCAGGAGGCGCGCGGGCGGCGCUGGGGCCAUGGAGCCUGCUGACGCGGCACGCCUCGGCCCGGAGCGGGUGGUUCGGGCGCUGCCACCGCGGCUGCUGCUGCUGCCGCUGCUCCUGCUGCUGCUGGGUCGGGGGCUGCGCGCGGCGGCCUCGGCCUCCUCCUCUGGGGCGGCGGCCGAGGACAGCAGCGCCAUGGAGGAGCUCGCCACGGAGAAGGAGGCGGAGGAGAGCCACCGGCAGGACAGCGUGAGCCUGCUCACCUUUAUCCUGCUGCUCACGCUCACCAUCCUCACCAUCUGGCUCUUCAAGCACCGCCGGGUGCGCUUCCUGCACGAGACCGGGCUGGCCAUGAUCUACGGGCUCAUCGUCGGGGUGAUCCUGAGGUACGGCACCACUGCCACCAGUGGUCACGACAAGUCACUCAGCUGCACUCAGGAAGACAGGGCCUUCAGCACCUUAUUAGUGAAUGUCAGUGGGAAGUUCUUCGAAUACACCCUGAAAGGAGAAAUCAGCCCUGGCAAGGUCAACAGUGUAGAGCAGAAUGACAUGCUGAGGAAGGUAACAUUUGAUCCAGAGGUCUUUUUCAACAUUCUGCUGCCUCCAAUUAUUUUCCAUGCUGGAUACAGUUUAAAGAAGAGACACUUUUUCAGAAACCUUGGGUCUAUUCUGGCCUAUGCCUUCUUGGGGACUGCCGUUUCCUGCUUCAUUAUCGGAAAUCUCAUGUAUGGUGUGGUGAAGCUCAUGAAGAUUGUGGGGCAGCUCUCGGAUAAAUUUUACUACACGGAUUGUCUCUUUUUUGGAGCAGUUAUCUCUGCUACUGACCCAGUGACUGUACUGGCGAUAUUUAAUGAAUUGCAUGCAGAUGUGGACCUUUACGCACUUCUGUUUGGAGAAAGUGUCCUAAAUGAUGCUGUUGCCAUUGUACUGUCCUCGUCUAUUGUUGCCUACCAGCCAGCGGGGCUGAACACUCACGCCUUUGAUGCUGCUGCCUUUUUUAAGUCAGUUGGCAUUUUUCUAGGUAUAUUUAGUGGCUCUUUUACCAUGGGAGCUGUGACUGGUGUUGUGACUGCUCUAGUGACCAAGUUUACCAAGCUGCACUGCUUCCCCCUGCUGGAGACGGCCCUCUUCUUCCUGAUGUCGUGGAGCACCUUCCUCUUGGCAGAAGCCUGUGGGUUUACCGGCGUUGUAGCUGUCCUUUUCUGUGGAAUCACACAAGCUCAUUACACCUACAACAAUCUGUCGGUGGAAUCAAGAAGUCGAACGAAGCAGCUCUUUGAGGUGUUACACUUCCUGGCAGAGAACUUCAUCUUCUCCUACAUGGGCCUGGCGCUGUUUACCUUCCAGAAGCACGUUUUCAGCCCCGUUUUCAUCAUUGGAGCUUUUGUUGCCAUCUUCCUGGGCAGAGCUGCACACAUCUACCCACUCUCCUUCUUCCUCAACUUGGGCAGAAGGCACAAGAUUGGCUGGAAUUUUCAACACAUGAUGAUGUUUUCAGGCCUCAGGGGAGCGAUGGCAUUUGCACUGGCCAUCCGAGACACGGCAUCCUACGCUCGCCAGAUGAUGUUCACGACCACCCUCCUCAUUGUCUUCUUCACCGUCUGGAUCAUUGGUGGAGGCACGACGCCCAUGUUGUCAUGGCUUAAUAUAAGAGUUGGCGUCGAGGAGCCCUCCGAAGAGGACCAGAACGAACACCGCUGGCAGUACUUCAGAGUUGGUGUUGAUCCAGAUCAAGACCCACCACCCAACAAUGACAGCUUCCAAGUCUUACAAGGGGAUGGUCCAGAUACUGCCAGAGGAAACCGGACAAAGCAGGAGAGUGCAUGGCUAUUCAGGCUGUGGUACAGCUUUGACCACAAUUACUUGAAGCCCAUCCUCACACACAGUGGCCCCCCAUUAACCACCACUCUCCCAGCCUGGUGUGGCUUGCUCGCUCGAUGUCUGACCAGUCCCCAGGUGUACGACAACCAAGAGCCGCUGAGAGAGGAAGACUCUGAUUUCAUCCUGACCGAGGGCGACCUCACCUUGACCUACGGGGACAGCACAGUGACUGCGAACGGCUCCUCGGGCUCCCACACGGCCCCCACGAGCGUCGAGAACUGCCACAUGUCAUGGUCAGCUCAACUCUUGGCCAGUGGAAAAUUAUCUGGGCCUGUAUGUGUUGGGGGAACUCAGGUGGAAAAGGACUUGGAAACAGCAUGAAGAACUACAUCUGCUGUCUAAAGCACUUCAAAAAAGUUAAGAUCCCAGUGUUACUGGGUGAGUAUCUAGCUGCAUGGACAUUUGGGGGUUGACUUUAGUUGUGAUUAUUCCAGCUGUGGGCUUUGGAGAAGCAGUGGGAUGAUUUUCAGUCAUGUGGGUGUUAAGUCUAUGGAUUUGGAAUUUGUCACUGAAAUCACUCAUUCGAAGUAUGACUUCAUGGUAGGGUCACCUCCUAGGUUUUUUAUUUUUUACAUAAAAUACAUCUGGUACUUCUUACUUAGGAAGUUUUACUAUGUCCAUUAAAAUGAUUAAAUGGGAAGGCCACCAAGAUUCAUUUAAUAGCUGAAAAGCAGUUUUUUAAAUAGAAUAGGAUGAAUUUAAUAUGGGCUGAUGUGACCUUCUGGGGAAUUUUUUUUAUAGAGAGCUUACAUACUGUAAUUGGGGAAAUUUUUGUCUUUUACUUCCAUUCAACAGUAGCAAACUGGUGGCUUUAUAAAAUUAACAUAGGAUGUUAUAUAAACAUGUUAUAUAAAAUAAUAUUAAAGUAUGUCUAACUGUGAAAAAGUGAAGACUUGGAGUUAUCAGCAACCUUUAUGUGCAAUAAGAAAAACUGGAGUUAGGCCCCCAAAGUGCUCCCUUUCCCUAGCAUUUUACUUAAUGUUUGCCUUUGUGUAUAUGUUUAGAUUGAUAUUAUAAAGCUAGCUACAUGUUUUCCUGCCCUUUACUGAUAUUUAACACAUUUUUCUCAAAGCUUUUUUUUUUUUAACAAAACUCAAAAUAAAAAGAUUAACUGG